AUGAUGGAGAGGAUAAGAAAAGAGAUGAUAUUGAUGGAGAGAGGUCUCCACAGUCCUGUCGCCGGGAAGAGGCUCGCAGACACGCCUGGAAAUUCAGUGCUGGAGGCCCUGGAAAACUCCCAGCACGGCGGACGACUAAGCCCGAGAAUAACUUCCGCUUCCCUCCAUGGAAAUCUUGGGGACAUCCCGACGAAAAGCAAAUUUGAAAUUGACAGUCUUUUCGGUACACACCACGGCAGUGAAAAUUCUUCCUCGGCGGAGAUUUCCUCGUCAGAAAGCAGGAAGAAAAUGAGCCUUUACUCCGAAGUUUCGCAAGAAUCAGAUAUUAACAGUGAUGUGGAAGUGGGAUGCCCUGCGCAUCGCUCCCCGAGCCAGCACAAGGAAAACAAUAAAGGUUUUUCAGACAGUAGCUCUGGAUCUUCCAACACAAGCUCAAACUCCCUCCAGAACAUGAACGGUAAUUCAACGGUGGGAUCAAACAAUUCAAAUGCCGAUCAAGUCAGAAGGUAUCGGACUGCUUUCACCAGAGAACAAAUCGCAAGACUGGAAAAAGAGUUUUACAGGGAAAAUUAUGUUUCGAGACCGAGAAGAUGUGAGUUAGCGGCGACGCUAAAUUUGCCCGAAACUACAAUUAAGGUGUGGUUCCAGAACAGGCGGAUGAAGGAUAAAAGGCAGCGUUUGGCGAUGUCCUGGCCCCAUCCAGCAGACCCUAGCUUCUACACUUACAUGAUGACGCACGCGGCAGCUACAGGAAGUCUACCUUACCCUUUCCACUCGCACAUGCCUCUACAUUACUACCCGCACGUCGGUGUCACGGCAGCAGCAGCGGCCGCCGCCGCCACCGGUGCCGCCUCGUCACCUUUCGCCACUUCCAUCCGCCCCCUCGAUACCUUCCGAGCGCUCUCCCACCCAUACUCACGGCCAGAGCUUCUAUGCAGCUUCAGGCACCCGGGACUCUACCAGUCGCCUGCAGGCCUGAAUAGCUCGGCCGCUGCAUCCGCGGCGGCUGCGGCCGCGGCCGCGGCAGCUGCGGUAAGCGCUCCGUCAGCCACCGGGCCCUGUUCGUGCCUGAGCUGCCACAGCAGCCAGGCGGCAAGCGCAUUGGGCUCCAGGAGCGCCAGCGCUGACUUUACCUGCACAGCUUCCGGGCAAAGAUCCGAGAGUGGAUUUCUGCCGUAUUCUGCUGCGGUUCUAAGUAAAACUUCAGUCCCGUCACCAGACCAGCGAGAAGAAACUUCACUUAACAGAUAACUGAUCACGCAGCCAACGCGACCGUUUCCUAUUUUGCUCCAGUCCUACUUUUAGGGGUGGGGUGGGGGUAUUAGGCCUACUACUUUAAAUGGGGAGUCCCACCUGGGCGAUGCAUUAGGCGGUAUCAUAAACACACCGACACUCGAAGAUUAAAAGUCUAAAAGUGAUUCAACUGGAAGAGACUGUUUUUAUUAAAACAAACACUGAUACCCAAAACUCUGAAAAUUUUGCAGCUAGUAACUUUUUUAAAGGCUUAUGGUCGUGUGUUGAACUAUUUUUACGGGAGCUACUGGAUUAAUUUACACAUUUGAG